CAUCUUCAGCCAUAACUGUUUUUUGCCGUACUCACGGGCACGUGUAAAGGAAGAGCUGUAUAAGUUUUGUUAAUUAUUUUGACAUUAGAGUGUAUAAUUGUGUUCUAGACGCCUUGAAAUGGAGACAGAAUCUUUUUAUGGUGUUACGCUGAGCGAGAAAGAGCCAAUUGCACAGUUCGAUGUUCCCGAAAUUCCAGAGGAGUAUAUAGUGCAUUCACACAAGUUAAUAAUUAAACAGAUUUCGCUGGGACACGAGGCAAAAACAGGCGAAUUCAAUGUUGUACAGGCUGAAACGAACGCUAUUAACGAGGGUGAGAAAAAGACAGUGAAGAUUCCCAUAGCCGUCCUGAAAGUAGGCGAAACUCGUUGCUUGAAGCCAAAUGUUGAGUUCCCCAACGGAUCGGUCACAUUUAAACUAAUCCAAGGCUCCGGUCCAGUUUAUGUGUGCGGCAAGGCGGAAAUGAAUUUCGGCGAGUUCGAUGAUGGUGAUGGUCAAAUGUAUGAGGAUUAUUCAGAUGAAGAGGAGGAGGAGGAGUACGACGAGGUGCCGCAGACGAACGGCAAGAGCAAUAAAAAGAAGUAAACAAAAAACAUAGAUUGCUUAGUAAUAGAAACAAAAUCCAAUAAAACAUAUUGUGCAUACAAACAACAUGGAAACAUGUUGAGACGAAGAUGAAAAAGAAAACAUAUUUUUGCUAAAGUAUGAUGAUAAUAAAAUACAAUAGAAAUUUCCAAAAGCUAAA